AGAGGUGGGAGUAGCUUUCUAUCAGCCUAUCUCUCAGUGAGAGCCUGCUUGCCUAACUCUCAUUAGCGCUCACAGAAAGUUCAUAACACACAUGCCAUGCAUGUGAAGGAAGCCAACACAACCUGAAUGUGCUGAUUUGUUGUAGUAUUCUUCUCCCUUUACCUCUGAGCAGCCUUGGGGAGAGACACCACGCCUGGAGGAGAAAUAAAGAGAGAAAGAGAGAGAAUAACAGAGUGAGGGAGGGGGACUUGAGCUGGUGACAGAGCUUGCAGGCUCCAGUCGUGCCUCUCAUCUGUCUACUGCUGCUGCUGCGUUGCAGUCAGAGUCAGAGCCAGGGGCUGAGCUGAGCUGGUGUUUUUCUCAGUGAUCUACAGACAGACAGAGCAGUGAGCUGUAAGCUGUGAACAGUACUGUACCUCUGCCACACCACUGCCAUGACAACACUGUGAGUGAAAAGAGAGAGUUCCUCCUGUCCACCACCUCUCUAAAGCUACAGCUGCGGAACCCUGCAGCCACAGACAGAUAAUUACAGAGUAAGACCUGUGUCUACUCUAAGUGUCCCAGUGAGGAGCAUGUGGUGAGGGCCAUGUCUCUGGAGAUGGAGAAGAGUGUCACUAAGUUGAUGUAUGACUUCCAGGGGAACUCUACCUCUGACGACGACUCAGGCUGCGCACUGGAGGAAUACGCCUGGGCGCCCCCUGGUCUCAGCCCUGAGCAGGUGCAUCAGUACUACGGUUCUCUACCUGAGGACAGGGUGCCGUAUGUGAACAGCCCAGGAGAGAAGCACCGCAUCAAACAGCUGAUUCACCAGCUGCCCCCGCACGACAACGAGGUCCGAUACUGCAACACACUGGACGACGAGGAGAAGAGGGAGCUCAAGCUCUUCAGUAACCAGAGAAAGAGGGACAACCUGGGAAGAGGCAAUGUCCGCCCCUUCCCCUUGUCCAUCAGUGGGGCCAUCUGUGAACAGUGUGGGGGCCAGAUAAAUGGACGGGACAUUGUGGUGUUUGCAUCGCGGGCAGGCCACGGCCUGGUGUGGCACCCUCACUGCUUCGUGUGCUGCAUGUGUGAGGAGCUCCUGGUGGACCUCAUCUACUUCCACCAAGAAGGGAAGAUCUACUGCGGCCGGCACCAUGCCGAGAGGCUCAAACCCCGCUGCUGUGCCUGUGAUGAGAUUAUCUUUGCUGAUGAGUGUACGGAGGCGGAGGGCAGGCAUUGGCACAUGAAACACUUCUGCUGCUAUGAGUGUGAGGCUCCGCUGGGCGGCCAGCGCUACAUCAUGAAGGAUGGACACCCACACUGUUGCAACUGCUUUGAGUCCCUCUACGCAGAGUACUGUGACGCCUGCGGUGAACACAUAGGCAUUGACCAGGGCCAAAUGACAUAUGACGGGCAGCACUGGCAUGCCACAGAGGAGUGUUUCUGCUGUGCCCGCUGUAAGCGCUCCCUCCUGGGGCGCCCCUUUCUGCCCAAACAGGGACAGAUCUACUGCUCACGCUCCUGCAGCGCCGGACAGGACCCAGAUGAAUCUGACUCCUCGGACUCGGCCUUCCAGAGUGCCCGCUCCCGUGAGUCCCGCCACAGCACCAAGAUCAUAAAACAGGAUCACCGAAAUACCGAGAAGGAGCGUCGCCAGCCAGCGCCCAUGCCUGACCGUCUGUCUGUCGAGGUGGACCCCCUGUCUAUCCAUAUGGACCGUCUGAGCCUUGGCUCCAUCCAGACACCCAGCCGAACCCCCAGUCGCACCCCAAGCCGCACCCCUAGUCUCAACCAGGUGUGGAUGAGCCGGGACGAACCUUACCCCCCAGCAUACGAGGCAGCCUAUGAGGGCUCCCCGCGGGACCCCUCUCCAACCCCCACGCCCCUGCUCCUGGGCCCGUGUAACCCCAGGCAGGGCUACAGCCCCAGCCCCAAACUCCACCCCCCAACCCAGAGCUCUGGCAACCCAGGGAAGAGGCCUGAGUCCUGGGUUAAAGAGCAGGGCAACACCAAGAGGACGCCCAUGGCGGCAUUGAGGGGCCAAUCCUUCCAGGACAACUGGAUCCACCACAGCCAGGACGAGUUCCGGCCACCCAAGCUGAGAACCCAGAUGAGUUUUAACGAGGUGUCCAGCCAAGGCCAGGGCUUCUCAGACAAGAGGAGCAUCAGCAUGCAUGGCUUCCAGAGAGACAGCAGGCCCCCCCUGACCAGGAACGCCAUGAGCAACGGCAUUAGCUUCACAGAGCCCCUCACCCCUCUGGAACAAACCCCUCGAGGAUCCAUGGAGUCUCUGGCCCUGUCCAACGCUACAGGUAACUCUCUGGAUGGAGUCAAUAAGCGUCAGGAGCACCUGUCCAGGUUCUCCAUGCCAGACCUUAGUAAGGAUUCUGGGAUGAAUGUGUCUGAGAAGAGCAACAUGGGGACACUGGGUUCCCCUGUCCAAUUCCGCAGCUCUGAGUCCCUGACCUCCUCUCGGCUGUACAGGAACCUGAAUGCGCCCGUGCAGGUGGGGUACCCCCUGGGGUACUGGGACGCCCCCCAGCCUCUGGCCUUUGAGGGUAAAGGUCGUGUGGCCCUGAUGGGGAGUAGUGGCAACCUCCGCAUGCCCCCCAUGAUUGAGAGGACACCUCGUCGUCGGCCCAAUGAGCCAGAGCCCAUACGGCAACAACAACUACCAACGCAACCACGGCGACGGAAACACCGCGGCAACGGUAAUGAUGGAAACGGCAACCACCGCAACAGCGGUCGCCACCACCGGCGCUCUCGACGCUCACGCUCUGACAACGCCCUCCACCUGGCGGCCGACCGGGCAAAUCACAUGAUGGAACCACCACACCGUCGCAUUCAGGAGGACUACGACCGUUUCCCCGCCGGCCGCACCGCCCGGGACCUGUUUGGGGUUGGGGGCAUGGGUGGUUACAGACAACAGCCUUAUAGACCCUGCCCUCGCACCACCUCAGAUCUCACCCUGCACAAUGCAGUGGGGGGUGGGGGGAUUCAGCCACUGGGCCUGGGGGGUCCAUACUGUGGUGGAGAGGGGUACGGGGAGGGGGCAGACCCCUGGUGCUCCAGCUGCUCCUCGUCCUCUGAGUCUGAAGAAGAUGAGGGGUACUUCCUGGGUGAGCCCAUCCCCAGACCUAUCCAGCUACGCUACCUCAACAAUGAGGAGCUGCGCCACAGAUACAGCCCUACAGGAGUGGGAGGGAUGGGGGGCCACCAUGGACCCAUACAUGGACCCCUACAUGGAGGAAACCACGGGCAGCUGCACGGACAGCUACAAAUGCGCCAGAGGAGGAAGAGCAAGAACUGCACCAUCUCAUAGAGAGUGGAAGGGAAAAAGAGAGAGAAAGGGAGUGGGAGGGAGACAGAGAAAAAUUAAGUGAGAGAGAGAGUAUGUGAAAGAGUGUAUGUGUAUGUGUCAGAGAGAGAGAGAGACAUAUAUAUUUGAUGUGUGUAAAUUAUACAACUGGCUCUGUGCGCGGGGGGGGGGGGGGGGGGGGGGGAGUGUUGUUUGUGUACACCUACACAGUAUGAUCUAAUCAGAACAGGAAGCCUGCAAUGGACCGGCUUCUUACACAACUGCAAUGUUUACAAUGGUGACUAACGAUUGGCACGAGCAUCACAUUUGUAUUGUUAACUGUUUAUUAUAUACAACAAGAAAGGUUACAGCAAAUUAUAAACUGUGCGUGCGCGUGCGCAUGUGAGAGAUACAUCUAGAGAUACAUCCAAGAAAUACUGGACUUAUUCAUAAAAUGUACUGCCAUAGUAAAACUACUAGCUGUUUUUUCAAACCAGUUAAAACAUUUAUAGAAAUUGGAUUCAUGCAUGCAUAAUAUUCAGUACGUCAACAAGGCAUAAAAUAAUACUGCAAAUAGUUGCAAUUCAUGAUGGAAUUUAGCAACUAUUUAGCAUUGUUUUCCAUCUUGAAACAGACAGGGGAUAAAUUCACCAUGUCUGUAAAGUUUAAUGAAUGCUCCCAAAUGACUCAGUUAAAAGAAGUAAUGGCACACACCAACAAGAGCUCUACGGGCCGAAGUGCUCACGUAUUUUAUGUACCUUACUGGACCUUGGAAAACCACCUGAGUGGACCUCUCAUACCAGUGAUCCACCAAUGACUUAUAAUCAGUCCAUCAAUUACUAAGGAGAACCAAAAACUGCCUGGCACACACUGCAGCCCUCCAAACCAAGUCAACUGGCUGCGUGAUUGUGGGAAAUGUGUGCUAGAUUCUGUACAGUGUUGUCUUUUACCUCAGUGGAAACCAAGAGCUGCUGAAUGUACAGUAUCGUUGGCUAGCCAGCCAUGUUAUCACCCUGUAUAAGUAGCCUGUUGAACCUAACCCUGUGCUGUGUGUUUUACAUAGCCUCCUGCCCUCGCUCCAUCCAUGCUUACCAAGGACAGCUCUAGCCUCUGCUCCUUGACCAUUCAGGCACAGCAGCGUCUCAUAUGGUCCCGUGUUCUCCCGCAACAAGCUUUGUUUUUCAGAGUUAGAAUACCACUACUAGAUUAAUAAUAAUGAAAUAUAAUAAUAACAAUAAUAACAAUAAUAAUACCUGUUAAAUGUAUAUAACAGUAAAAUACAUGUUAUUUAAGUUAUGGAUGUAGUAAUGUAAAUGUUCUGUACAUAAUGACCCUACAUAUUUAUAUAUAUUUUGUAACUACAGAAUCAUUAUUUGUAUAACAUGAUGUAGGGAUAGAAAAGUCUUGCAUGUUUAUUUGUUGAUGUUGUGUCAUAUUGGAAUUAAAGUGGAUUUUAAUGAA